UUUGACAGACAAAGUCACUGGAGCACAAAGGUGAAGCGUGUCUCCCAAGGUCAGUCAGCAAGAUGUCUGGAUUCCACACCCCAGCUUUAGCCCUGGUAGAAGAUGCUGGUUGAACAGGGAGAACUGUUUCCAGAGCUCAAGUUGGCCUAGGCAGCCUCCCCUUGUGGGAGGAACGCUUGGAGGAGCCACACUGUCCAACACGGGAGGAGAAGAGAUUGUCUGAGCCACGGAGUGGACGGCUGCCGACUAUGGAGAACCGAGACUCUGUGGCCUGCCUGCACCCAUGGCUCCUUCAGUUACUGCUGCUGCUGUCGCCACCUCACACCCGCCAGGGACAGGCCCUGGGACUCGUUGUCCUUACCGAGAGUGCCCAGGACCCUCCAGCUAGGUACCUCAGCAAUGGCCCAGGACAAGAGCCUGUCUCUGUGAUGACCAUUGACCUCACCAAAAUCAGCAAACCCUAUUCCUCCUUUGAGUUUCGAACCUUGGAUCCAGAGGGAGUGAUUUUUUAUGGGGACACCAACACCGAAGAUGAUUGGUUCAUGCUGGGACUUCGUGAUGGCCAGCUUGAAAUCCAGCUGCACAACCUCUGGGCUCGGCUUACAGUAGGCUUUGGCCCUCAGCUGAAUGAUGGGAGAUGGCACCAGGUGGAGCUGAAGAUGAAUGGGGAUUCACUGCUGCUGUGGGUGGAUGGGAAGGACAUACUGUGCCUGAGACAGGUCUCUAGAUCCCUGGCUGACCAUUCCCAGCCCAACAUGAGGAUCGCUCUAGGGGGACUCCUCCUCCCUGCCUCCAGUCUUCGGCUCCCGCUGGUGCCUGCCCUGGAUGGCUGUAUACGUCGAGAUACUUGGCUGGGCCACCAGGCCCAGCUCUCACCCUCUGCCCCUACUAGCCUCGGAAACUGUGAUGUGGACUUGCAACCUGGACUGUUCUUCCCUCCAGGGACCCAUGCAGAAUUCAGUCUCCAAGACAUUUCCCAGCCUCACACAGACCCCUGGAGCUUUUCUCUGGAGCUGGGAUUAAAGCUGGUGGAUGGCUCAGGAUGCCUCCUUGCUCUUGGGACAGGAACAAAUUCUUCUUGGCUUACCCUUCACCUCCAAGAUCAAAAGGUGGUGCUGUCUUCUGGAGUAGAACCAAACUUAGCUUUACCCUUAGACAUGGGGCUCCCUCUUCAGCUGAAGCUGGAUGUUUUCAAAGUGGUCUUGAGCCAAGGGCCAAAGAUGGAGGUCCUUGCUGUGUCCCUGUCGAGACUGGACUCCCUCCGGAGACUCUGGUCCCACCCUCAGGGCCAUCUCUCUCUUGGGGCUUUACCAGGAGACAAUUCUUCUGCUUCCUUUUGCUUGAGUGAUCUUUGGGUACAAGGACAGAGACUGGACAUAGACCAGGCCCUGAACAGAAGCCAGAACAUCUGGACUCACAGCUGCCCUCAGAGCCCAAACAAUGUCACCCACACUUCCCACUAAACCCCCUUUGUGAAGGAGUCAUGGCGGUACAUGCCUGUAAACCCAAGACAGGUAGAGUUGGGAGAAUCAGGACCUCCAUGUCAUCCCUGGCUACAUAACAUGUUUGAGACCAGCCUGGGCUAUGUGCAACCCUGUCGUUAAAAAUAAAGAGGAACUUUGAAUGCAA